GGACACGUUGCAUUUGUAAAAGAAUAUGGGUGCACUUGUUCUUAGCAUUGUUAGCUGUGCAAUUUGUUUGCAGAUAUCUUUUAGCUUUUUUGGAUGAGUAAGUUAUUAGCUCAUCCCAGCAUGCAAAUUUGUUUUUAAAUCCCUUUGCUCACAAAGUCAUGGGUUUUCUGCAUGGUUUUCUUUUAUUUUCCUUCUGCAUCUUUUACCCUUCUUGAAACCAUCCACCUUUAUUCUCUUCUAUUCAAUUCAGUGGUGACGUUUUUGGGUCACAAGUCACAGGUCUGCCUUGUGUCGUGUUUUCUUUUGCAUUAUUCUGUUGGCGUUGUUGCCUCCACAAACAAAAUUUCAAGAAAAAGCAACUGUUUAUAAUCAUCUUCUCUCAUUCACACAUAAAUUCUAAAAGAAUCCUUUUCAAGCAUAGAAUUUUAUGGAACCAAGUGCCCGACUUAGACUUUUGUCAAUAGAACCGUUUGACGCAAGGCAGGGAUGUGUUAUCGCGGUCGCUCUCGAGCCAGUGUGAACAAGGGUUAAAUAUUCGGUAAUAAGGAUUUCUGGAAAAAACUAAAGCAUCAGGCACCACAUGUACAUAAUCAUUUUCCAAGACUCCAAUUUGCAAUUUUUCUUUCAAUGGAGAUGUCAUAGGAAAUGCAAGAAGGAACUCUGACUAUUCUUUCCAUAUAGAAUACAAACCUACAGCCACAGCUAAGUUUUAAUACUGGAUGUACUCAUGUACUAAUAUUACCAACCAACAGAUGCAAUCCCUUUGCAACUAUGACUUCUCCCCAUUUCUUUUCUUUCUUCAUUAUUAUAUUCCCUGUACUCUUUUCUUCAUUAUCUUCGAAGACGCAGAAUUUUCUGCCCAGAGGCUUCUCCUUAUCAGUUGAACAUGAUUUGGACUUCUUAAACUCACCAGAUAACACUUUCACUUGUGGGUUCUAUGGCAUGGGACAAAAUGCUUAUUGGUUCUCAAUUUGGUUUACCAACUCUAAAGAAAGAACUGUUGUUUGGACGGCUAACAGAGACAAACCUGUCAAUGGCCAAGGUUCAAGAAUUUCUUUGCAGCGAGAUGGCGCCAUGGUCUUGACUGAUGUUGAUGGCACCAUCAUAUGGGAGACUAAUACCACCUUCGUUGCGGUUAGCAGAGCUGAGCUUCUGGAUACUGGCAAUCUUGUUCUUAAAAAUGCUAAAGGUAAAAUUUUGUGGCAAAGCUUUGAUUUUCCUACUGAUACGCUUCUUCCAAAUCAAUUCUUUACUAAGAGCACAAAGUUGGUUUCUAGAUUAGGCAGGGGGAUGUAUGGUUCUGGUUACUUUAGUCUCUUUUUUUAUAAUAAUAACGUGUUAACUUUGUUGUAUGAUGGGCCAGAUAUUUCUAGCAUUUACUGGCCUAAUCCUGAUAAUAAUGUGUUUGCAAGUGGUAGAACAAACUAUAAUAGUAGCAGAAUUGCUGUUUUUGAUGAAAUGGGUUACUUUUUAUCAAGUGAUAAGUUGGAAUUUAGUGCUACUGACGCGGGUUUUGGGAUCAAAAGAAGAUUAACUAUGGAUGAUGAUGGGAAUCUUAGGCUUUAUAGCCUCAACAAUAAGACAGGUUUGUGGGUGAUUGCAUGGAAAGCUAUGCUGGAGCAAUGUAAAGUGCAUGGAAUUUGUGGGAGAAAUGGGAUCUGUAUGUAUGCACCUGAGCCUAAGUGUUCGUGUCCUCCUGGCUAUGAGGUCGUUGAGCAAGGUGAUUGGAGCCAAGGCUGCAAACCCAAGUUUAACCAAUCCUGUUCACAGUACCAGCAGCAGGUGAACUUUGUGGAGGUCUCUCAAGUAGAUUUCUACGGAUUCGAUCUUAAUUAUAGUCAAUCCAUUUCAAGAGAUUCUUGCUUGAAAAUCUGCUUGGAUGAUUGCCGGUGCGCAGCAUUUAGUUACAGGCUAUCAGGGGAAGGUCUUUGUUUCACAAAAAGUGCACUUUUCAAUGGUUUCAGGUCUCCAAAUUUUCCAGGCAGUAUAUAUCUAAAACUACCAGCAAGUUUGGCAAAUUAUGGACCCGCUAUUGCCAAUGGAACUGAUCUCAGAUGCGCGUCCACUGAAUCAAUCCUCAUGUUAGGCUCUCCUUCUAUGUAUAACAAUGCUAGUAGGAGAGUGAAAUGGGCAUAUCUUUAUUGGUUUGCUGCUGCCAUUGGUCUUAUUGAAGUAGUCUUUGUAGCAGCAGCUUGGUGGUUUCUUUUCAGAAGGCGAGGAGUGGAAGAUCCUGCGAAGGAAGGGUAUCAUGCUUUAACAAGUCAAUUCAGGAAGUUCAGUUAUGCUGAACUUAAAAGAGCAACCAGGAAUUUCAAAGAAGAGUUGGGGAGAGGAGCAUCCGGAGUGGUAUAUAAAGGCGUCUUGAUAGAUGGAAGAGUGGUGGCUAUGAAAAGAUUAGGAGAAUCAUAUCAAGGGGAAGAUGUGUUUUGGGCAGAAGUGAGCACCAUUGGCAGAAUCAAUCAAAUGAACCUAGUGAGAAUGUGGGGUUUCUGUUCAGAAAAGAGCCACAAGCUCUUAGUGUACGAGUACUUGGAAUAUCAAUCGCUAGACAAGCAUCUAUUCUCUCCAACUCAAAACUUCCUUGGCUGGAAAGAAAGAUUUAAUGUGGCCUUAGGUACAGCUAAAGGUCUAGCAUAUCUUCACCAUGAAUGUUUAGAAUGGGUUAUACAUUGCGAUGUGAAGCCUGAGAAUAUUCUUCUCAACACUGAAUUUGAACCCAAGAUUUCAGAUUUCGGGCUGGCAAAGCUGUUUCAAAGGGGUGGAAGUAAUUCUGAAUUCUCUAGGAUUCGAGGAACAAAGGGUUAUAUGGCUCCAGAAUGGGCUUUAAAUCUUCCCAUCACUGCCAAAGUUGAUGUUUACAGUUACGGAGUAUUGAUUCUUGAGAUGGUGAAAGGAAUUAGGCUUUCGAAUUGGAUUACAGAGGACGGAGAGGAGCAGGAAUCAGAGCUCAGAAGGUUUGUCAGAGUGGCUAAAAGGAACCUCGUAUGUGGAGAGGAGUCCUGGAUAGAGGAAUUAGUGGAUGCCAGAUUGAAUGGGCAAUUUAGCAGAAAACAGGCAGUAAAAAUAGUUGAAGUCGGGAUAUCUUGUGUUGAGGAAGAUAGAAACGUGAGACCAUCAAUGGAUUCAGUAGUGCAAGCUUUACUGGAAUGUCAAGAUGAAUCUAGACUUCACUCUCCACAAUCUAAUUAGUCAAGAAUUGCACUUACAUGCUAAUGUUAACAUAUAUGUUUGUUUACAGUAGAGUAAUGUUACUGCUAUGUAGUUUGGUCAGGUGAAAAAAUCUGAUUCUAAUGUCAAGUGGAACUGUGCUGUGGCUAGAAUCUAAACCACUUCUUGGAACUUAUGAAUUCUUACAUUUUACAUAUUUUGGUA